CAGCACCAUCCUCGUGCUCCUCGAAGCUCGAAAGCAGCAGCAACAAGAACAACAACAACGUUGUCUUUCUCAGCAAAACCUACGAUCCGAGGAAGAGGAAGGAACGAUGUCUUCGUCAUCGGGAAGCACAGCAGCAGCAACGCCGAUUCUGAAGGAGGAGGUGGACAUAGUGAUUCCCACGAUACGUAACCUGGACUUCUUGGGGAUGUGGAGGCCCUUCUUCGAGGGUUAUCAUUUGAUAAUAGUGCAGGACGGUGAUCCUUCGAAGGUUAUCAAGGUUCCUGAAGGGUUUGAUUAUGAACUCUACAACCGCAACGACAUCAACCGCGUUCUUGGCCCCAGGGCACACUGCAUCUCCUUCAAGGACUCUGCUUGCCGCUGCUUCGGCUUCUUGUUGUCUAAGAAAAAGUACAUCUUCACCAUCGACGAUGACUGCUUCGUUGCAAAAGAUCCAUCCGGAAAAGAAAUUAAUGCCCUGGAGCAGCACCUUAAGAACCUUCUGAGUCCAUCAACCCCAUUUUUCUUCAACACCCUCUAUGAUCCAUACAGAGAGGGUACAGAUUUUGUCCGAGGAUACCCUUUUAGUCUGCGUGAAGGUGUCCCUACAGCUGCUUCUCAUGGCCUCUGGCUCAACAUUCCUGAUUAUGAUGCCCCAACUCAGCUUGUCAAGCCUCUAGAGAGAAACAAUAGGUAUGUGGAUGCAGUUAUGACUAUCCCAAAGGGGACUCUCUUUCCCAUGUGUGGUAUGAAUUUGGCAUUCAACCGGGAAUUGAUUGGUCCUGCAAUGUACUUUGGACUCAUGGGUGAGGGUCAACCUAUUGGACGCUAUGAUGACAUGUGGGCAGGCUGGUGCGUCAAGGUGAUAAGUGAUCACCUAGGAUUGGGGGUGAAGACAGGAUUGCCUUACAUCUGGCACAGCAAAGCUAGCAACCCAUUUGUGAACCUCAAGAAGGAGUACAAAGGAAUUUACUGGCAAGAAGAGCUGAUCCCAUUUUUCCAAUCUGUUUCUUUUCCAAAGGAAUGCACAACUGCUCAGAAAUGCUACAUUGAACUCUCCAAGCAAGUGAAGGCAAAACUUGGCAAGGUUGAUGAGUAUUUCAACAAGCUUGCAGAUGCUAUGGUCACAUGGAUUGAAGCUUGGGAUGAACUAAACCUAUCUGGGGUAAAAUCUGAAGCAUUGUCCAAUGGUCCGGCAAAGUAAAUUCUUUAUACAUGCGGCUCUAAGGAGGGCAGAGGAUAUGCCUAUAGCUAUCAUUUUGCCUUUUUUUUUUUCUUUUCAUAUAACAAUAAAACUUGAGUGGCUCCUCAAUAUUUUUUAUAUUUUGUUCAGGUUGGAAUGUAGCUUAUUGUUAAACUUUGAAAUUUGAUAGUGAGAUUGUUGCUCUUGGGAAAGGCUUCCCAUGCAUUCGAUUUACCUUUACCGUGACUGUUGUUGUUGGUUC